AUGCUCUCACGGCACCGCGAAUGCUCCCACAAAUGCUCCCACAAAUGCUCCCGCGAACGCUCCCGCGAACGCUCCCGCGAACGCUCCCGCGAACGCUCCCGCGAACGCUCCCGCGAACGCUCCCGCGAACGCUCCCGCGAACGCUCCCGCGAACGCUCCCGCGAACGCUCCCGCGAACGCUCCCGCGAGGGCUCCCGCGAGGGCUCCCACGAGUGCUCCCGCGAGUACUUUCGCGAGUGCUUCCACGAGUGCUUCCGCGAGUGUCUCCGCGAGUGCUCCCAGAGCACUCACCAAGGCUCACAGAGCUGA